UAAUUAUCUAAAAACCAAUAUGAAUAUAAAACCCGAUUUUAAACCAAACCAAAACCUGACCCGAAAUCGAUCCAAUAACCCAAAUAAACAGCCGUUUACUGAGGGAAGAGUGUUUGUUUGUGUUUCACCAAAUUUCCCUCCGCUGCCACAUUCAGCAAGUGGUAGUGUUGGAUUCACAGGAUUCCAUUCCAAUAUAGCAGUAAAAGUUCCAAUUUUUCUGACACUGAUUCAACAGAUGUUUUAGCUCCUUUCUACUUUCUUUACGUUACUGCAUUUGUCUUCUUCCCUUACAUUAUUUAUUACUCUUGUUUUCUUCAAUGAUCCUUUGAAAAAACACCAAACUCUACCUUCAAGAGCUCAGAUUAUUCCAAUCUUGUACUAUUUCUUCGCUAAUUCACUCUAAUUUAAUCUAAUCUAUUUACUCCCCACAAAUUCCUGCCUAAAAUUACCUCAAAAUCACCCAAAACUCUUGGAACUUGCCAUCUUUUCAUGGUAGCUUCAAUGGCAAAACCUUUCUCAUCUCCAUUUUUGCUUCUCCUUUUCAUACUUUUGUUCAAAACCCAUUAUUCAAAUCAGUUGCCACAAUCACAAUUACAAGCAUUUUACACUAUUCAGAAGAUUCUAAACUACCCAUUAAGCCUAACUAGUUUAGACCCAAUCAUUGAUGUUUGUAGCAUUGAACCAAACCCUUAUCUAACCAUUGUUUGUUAUGAAGAAAACAUUACUCAAAUCCAUACUGAAGGUCUUAUGAGGUUUGCUCCAAUUUCAAGUAAUGUUUCCAUGGAAGCUCUCUUUGCUGCUUUUGCUGCAUUACCAGGGUUAAAGGUCUUAUCUUUGGUGUCAUUAGGUUUGUGGGGUCCACUCCCUCAAACUAUAGGUAACCUAACUUCUCUUGAAAUGUUGAAUCUUAGUUCAAAUCACUUGAAUGGAACAAUUCCUAUACAAAUGUUGGGGUUAACAAAUCUUCAAACUAUUGUAUUUGAUCAUAAUGAGUUCACAGGAGAAAUACCCUUAUGGAUAAGUGCACUUUCUGGUUUAACUGUCCUUAGUUUAAAGAACAAUUCCCUAAAUGGGUCAUUACCCACUUCAUUAUCAAGGUUAGGAAACCUUAGGGUUCUUCAACUUUCAAUGAAUAAAUUCAAUGGUGAAGUUCCUGAUCUUACAAACUUAACUAACUUGCAAGUUCUUGAUUUGGGUAACAAUUCUUUAGGGCCAAAGUUCCCAUCUUUACAUAACAAAAUAGUCACCUUAGUACUUAGAAAGAACAUGUUCAGGUAUGGAAUGACAAAUAAUUUGAGCUCAUUUUACCAAUUAAAGAAACUAGAUGUUUCUUCAAAUGGGUUUAUUGAACCAUUCAUGCCUUCCUUACUUUCAUUGCCAUUGAUUAGCUAUCUCAAUAUUGCUGAGAACAAAUUCCAUGGCAUGCUUCUUGAGAAUAUGAGUUGUGGGGUAGACCUUAAAUUUGUGGAUUUAUCAUUCAAUUACUUAACAGGGGAUUUGCCUUCUUGUUUGAGAUUGGGUAAUAAGAGUCAUAUAGUCCAUUAUAGAGGGAAUUGUUUCACAAAUGGGAUUCAAAGGCAAAACCCAUAUUUGUUUUGUCAUAAUGAAGCUCUAGCUGUGAAGAUAUCACCACAUACAAGGAAAGGAAUUGGAUCAGGUUCUAGGGUUGUGGUAGCUAUGAGCAUUGUAGGAGCAACUUCUUUGGCUGGUCUUAUGGUUUUGGGUGUUGGGUUUGUGUUUUCUAAGCAUGGUUUUAAGAAACCUCAGACAAGAGUUAUAUUAGAAAAGGCUACAAUGACGUACCCUGCAAAGAUGCUUUUGGAUGCAAGAGAGAUCUGUCAAAUGGCAAAACUAGGACCCCUUGGUAUUCCUGCAUAUCGUAACUUUCUCUUGGACGAAAUCAAGGAGGCGACAGCUAACUUUGAUAAGUCGAAUCUGAUCGGGGAAGGCUCUUAUGGCCCGGUGUACAAGGGAAGAGUUGCCAAUGAUAAUGUUGUUGCCAUUCGAUGCUUGAAAGUGAGAAAACGGCGUGGAAUACAAGCCUUCACUCAUGAUAUAGAGCUAUUAUCAAAGCUUAGGCAUGCUAAUUUGGUCAGUGCUCUUGGGCAUUGUUUCGAGUAUAACCCAGAAGACUCGACUGUAAGCACAAUAUUUCUUGUGUUCGAGUUUGUCCCAAAUGGCACACUAAGAAACUUCAUCACAGAGCAAAAGCCUACCUGGUCGAAGAGGAUCGCAGUUGCAGUGGAAGUUGCAAAAGGAAUCCAGUUUCUUCAAACAGGGAUGAUACCUGGUUUAUAUUCAAAUAAUAUAAAGACAACCAAUGUUUUAUUGGAUCAUAGCCUUCAUGUGAAACUAAACAGCUACAAUCUCCCUUUGUUAGCUGAAAACAAGGAUAAGGUUCAUACAUUCCAAUCCUCUGGAUCCAAGGAAAAUGGUAAAGCAGAAAUGAAGCUAGUCGAAAACAACGAUGCGUAUGCAUUCGGAGUGAUCCUCUCAGAACUAAUAGCAGGCAGAGCAAUUACAACAGAUAAUGAAGUAUCUGUCAUAAAAGAUUUAUUUGAAGUUGGGAUUAAAGCAGACAAGAUAGCGCGAAAACAGAUUCUAGAUCCAGCCGUCCACAAGGAAUGUCCAGACAAAUCGGUGAAGAUACUGAUGGAGCUUUGUGUAAGAUCGCUGUCAAACGACCCUAACGAAAGGCCAUCCAUCGAAGAUGUGCUAUGGAAUCUGCACUUUGCGGCUCAGCUUCAAGAUUCAUGGCAAGGAGGCGGAGACACGCCAAGUGAUAGGUCGUUAUCCCCUGUCUUCACCUCUCAAUGAGCGAGAAAUUUCAUCCCGACUCUAGCUGAUGCUGUCUUUCUGUACAUUACUUCACUAGCUGAAAUGCUAUGUAUGACACUUCUUUGUAGCUACUGAAGUUCAGUCAGCUCGUAAACAACAAUAGGCUCGAUUUGCUAGUACGUGAUCAAGGGAUACGGAUGACUAGCGGGGGAAGGGUGGCGCCAGCCGCCAAGGGAGAAGGUUGUAUAUUUUUCUGUUAUUGAUAAGGCUAAAAGUCUUUCACAUAUUAUUAAUCCCUUCUAAUAAUUUUGGUUGGAUCUGUAAUGGUGCUCCCUUCAUUACCAA